AUGGCUCGUCUCUUCAUUUGUCUAAACAUCUUCUUCAUUUUACUAGCAACCACCACAUCUCUGACUGAACACAACCCAAAGCCUAAGCCAAGACCAAAGCAAAAGCCUCAUGCAUUUAUCCUUCCGGUCUUUAAAGACACCAAAACCGGUAUCUACUACACCAACGUGACCGUCGGCAAACCAUCGCUUGUGGUUAACUUAGCCGUGGACGUUAGAGGCUCAGCCUUAUGGUUCCAGUGCGAAGAGAUCGGCUAUAACUCAACCACUUACACCCCUAUUCUCUGCGGGUCCAAGGGCUGCGAACAAACUAAAGAUCAAUGCUCCACUUGCAUGGGCACCUACGGACCAUCUUGCAGAAACGACACUUGUCACGCUUACCUCCAAACCCAAAUGACUUACAACCGUGUCCAAGCUUCUCUAGUUAAAGACGAUGUUGUCCUAAGCUACACGUCACCAUCAACUAAACUCACAGCGAGGCUGCCUCUCGCUUGCAUGUUGGCAUCAGAGGUCGUUGCCGGGCUUCCUUAUGGUACUCAGGGCAUUCUCGGACUUGGUAAUAGCUCAACGUCUUUUGUUACCGCCCUCGUCUCUUCUUACAAGAUUCCCUUCAAAGUUGCUCUUUGUUUACCUUCUAAUCCCGGAAAUGACUCCGGGACUGUUUAUAUCGGCGGCGGGAGGCUGCCGCCGAGAGGUAAAGAUGUCAGAGGGUUAUUGGUUUCCACUCCUCUUGUCUCAAUUCCGGAGACAAGAGAACAUGGGGAGGAUAACUACUACAUAGAUGUGAAAUCCAUCGAAGUCAACGGAAAGAAGCUAUCAUUUAAUCAAGAUUUGUUGACUUUUAACAAGACAAGUCAUUAUGGAGGUACAAAGAUCAGCAACAUAAUCCCUUACACUCUCUUGGACAGUUCCAUUUACAAAGCUCUUGUUGAGGCAUUCGCUGGGAAAGCCAAGAAACGGAAAGCCAUGUAUCCGUUCAGUGACUGCUUUAGCUACAAAAGUUUUGGGGGAAAGUCUCUCUUGGGGGAAGAAACACCGGUGAUUAGUUUGGUCUUGGGAGGAGCUGCUAAGUGGGAUAUCUAUGGACCAAACUCGCUUGUGAAGGUGAGGAAGACUGUUUUGUGUUUAGCGUUUGUGGAUGCUGGAGAGAGUCCGAGAAUUCCGAUUGAGAUUGGUGGAUAUCAAAUGGAAGAUAAUCUUGUUGAGUUUGAUCUUGAUGGCUCCAAGUUUUCUUUCACUUCUUCGCUUUUGCGUCACAAUACAUCAUGUAGCCAAUUGUGA